AUCCCGCCAGGCCUUGGAGAGGAGGGAGGAGGAAAGUGGGGGGGCGGCCGGCGAGGCUCCUCCCCCAGCACGGCUGCCUGGAGCUGAAGCGCCCCAGGACACUGCCCCCCAGCACAGCGUCCCCAGCCGGUUCAGCAUGCAGAGGGCGGCGAGCUGGGCGGCUCUGGCGCUCCUGGGAGCGGCCCUGUGCGCCGCGCAGCCCCGCGGCCGCAUCCUGGGCGGCAAGGUGGUGCAGCCCCACGCGCUGCCCUACAUGGCGUCGGUGCAGGUGAACGGCACGCACGUGUGCGGUGGCGCCCUGGUGGCCGAGGAGUGGGUGCUGAGUGCCGCGCACUGCCUGGAGGACGCGGCCGGAGAGCCACUGCAGGUGCUGCUGGGCGCGCACUCGCUGUCGCAGCCGGAGCCCUCCAAGCGCCUGUACUCCGUGCGUCGCGCGGUGCCCCACCCGGACAGCCACGCCAACACCACGGAGCACGACCUGCUGCUGCUGCAGCUGGCCGAGAAGGCGCUCCUGGGCCCCGCCGUGCGCACUCUGCCCUGGCAGCGUCAGGACCGCGACGUGGCGCCCGGCACGUUGUGCGACGUGGCCGGCUGGGGCGUGGACAGUCACGCGGGUCGCCGGCCCGACCUCCUGAAGCACGUGCAGCUGCCGGUGCUCAACCGGACCAAGUGCAACUGGCGGGUGCACCACGACGGCGCCGUCAGCGAGCGCAUGAUGUGCGCCGAGACCCAGCGGCGCAAAGACACUUGCAGGGGGGACUCCGGGGGUCCGCUGGUGUGCGGGGGCGUGGUGGAGGCCGUGGUCACGGCUGGCUCGCGCGUCUGCGGCAACCCCAAGAAACCCGGCAUCUACACGCGCGUGGCGAGCUAUGCGGGCUGGAUCGACAGCGUCCUGACCGCCGCGGCGGGUCUCGAGGCGGUGACCACUGGGGCGGUGCCGGUCGAGCAAUAAAGGCGUUCCUCCCUGAG